AUGUGCAACUCCGGGGGCACAUGCACCAGCUUCCUCAUCAGCUACUGGUCCACUGCUGUUAAUGGAUGUAUCCUGACCAAAAUUUUGAAUUGGUGCACUCUCUUUGACCUGCUGCACCUGGCUCAGUUGGCUCUCCAGCAGUGCACUCAGCCACCUUACUGCACAAGCUCCCAAGUCUGGGCCGAAGACGACGAGACGGACAGAGGGAGGAGGGGGCUGGAGGAGGAGGUUGACGGAGAGAGGAGGGGGCUGGGGGAGGAGGUUGACGGAGAGAGGAGGGGGCUGGGGGAGGAGGUUGACGGAGAGAGGAGGGGGCUGGGGGAGGAGGUUGACGGAGAGAGGAGGGGGCUGGAGGAGGAGGUUGACGGAGAGAGGAGGGGGCUGGCGGAGGAGGUUGACGGAGAGAGGAGGGUGCUGGAGGAGGAGGUUGACGGAGAGAGGAGGGGGCUGGAGGAGGAGGUUGACGGAGAGAGGAGGGGGCUGGAGGAGGAGGUUGACGGAGAGAGGAGGGGGCUGGAGGAGGAGGUUGACUGGGGGAGAAGGGGGCUGGGAGAGGAGGUUGACAGAGGGAGAAGGGGGCUGGGGGAGGAGGUUGACAGAGGGAGAAGGGGGCUGGGGGAGGAGUUUGACAGAGGGAGAAGGGGGCUGGGGGAGGAGGUUGACAGAGGGAGAAGGGGGCUGGGGGAGGAGGUUGACAGAGGGAGAAGGGGGCUGGGGGAGGAGGUUGACAGAGGGAGAAGGGGGCUGGGGGAGGAGGUUGACAGAGGGAGAAGGGGGCUGGGGGAGGAGGUUGACAGAGGGAGAAGGGGGCUGGGGGAGGAGGUUGACAGAGGGAGAAGGGGGCUGGGGGAGGAGGUUGACAGAGGGAGAAGGGGGCUGGGGGAGGAGGUUGACAGAGGGAGAAGGGGGCUGGGGGAGGAGGUUGACAGAGGGAGAAGGGGGCUGGGGGAGGAGGUUGACAGAGGGAGAAGGGGGCUGGGGGAGGAGGUUGACAGAGGGAGAAGGGGGCUGGGGGAGGAGGUUGACAGAGGGAGAAGGGGGCUGGGGGAGGAGGUUGACAGAGGGAGAAGGGGGCUGGGGGAGGAGGUUGACAGAGGGAGAAGGGGGCUGGGGGAGGAGGUUGACAGAGGGAGAAGGGGCUGGGGGAGGAGGUUGACAGAGGGAGAAGGGGGCUGGGGGAGGAGGUUGACAGAGGGAGAAGGGGGCUGGGGGAGGAGGUUGACAGAGGGAGAAGGGGGCUGGGGGAGGAGGUUGACAGAGGGAGAAGGGGGCUGGGGGAGGAGGUUGACAGAGGGAGAAGGGGGCUGGGGGAGGAGGUUGACAGAGGGAGAAGGGGGCUGGGGGAGGAGGUUGACAGAGGGAGAAGGGGGCUGGGGGAGGAGGUUGACAGAGGGAGAAGGGGGCUGGGGGAGGAGGUUGACAGAGGGAGAAGGGGGCUGGGGGAGGAGGUUGACAGAGGGAGAAGGGGGCUGGGGGAGGAGGUUGACAGAGGGAGAAGGGGGCUGGGGGAGGAGGUUGACAGAGGGAGAAGGGGGCUGGGGGAGGAGGUUGACAGAGGGAGAAGGGGGCUGGGGGAGGAGGUUGACAGAGGGAGAAGGGGGCUGGGGGAGGAGGUUGACAGAGGGAGAAGGGGGCUGGGGGAGGAGGUUGACAGAGGGAGAAGGGGGCUGGGGAGGAGGUUGA